CUGGCAGCUUAUCUCCUUCUCUUCUGACAGACAGGCCAGGCAAUGGCUUAUAUAUUCCUCUCUCCUCCUUGUAGACUCAGCUCUCCUCCUCUACCAUACUUCCACCCACCUCACCCAUGUCAUCCCUCGAAAACCCCAUCGAAUCCCCCUACGCGAACGAGAAGACCGACGCGAACGAUGCCGUGCUCCCUGUCUACUCCGACACCGACGGCUCGGCGCUCGAAGUCACCAUCUCGGCCGGCGUAAUCGACCCCGUCAUCGAGCGUCGCAUCUGCCGCAAGUUUGAUUUCCAUCUCUUGCCUUUGCUCGCUAUGAUGUAUCUCUUCAACGCCCUCGACAAAGGCAAUCUCGGAAACGCCAAAACCGACGGCAUGACCACCGACCUCAACUUUGUAAACAACCAGUACAACAUCAUCCUCUCCGUCUUCUACGUCCCCUACGUCCUCUUCGCCUUCCCCAUCGCCAUGCUCGGCAAGAAGUACGGCCCUUCUGUAGUCCUUCCGAUCCUCAUGUUUGGCUUCGGCAGCAUGUCGCUCAUCGCCUCCGGCGUCAAGAACUUUGGCGGUCUCAUGGCCGUGCGCUGGUUCCUGGGGACGUUUGAGAGCGCGUUCUUCCCGCUCGUGAUCUACUACCUGACCACUUUCUACCGUCGCGGCGAGCUCGCGCGCCGCCUCGCAAUCUUCUACGCAGCCUCCAACAUCGCGAGCGCGUUCGCGGGCUUGCUCUCCUUCGGCGUGUUCCAGAUCAAGAACGGGUCGCUGCACGGAUGGCAGUAUCUCUUUAUCAUCGAAGGCGGCGCGACCGUGCUCACCUCGAUCUUGACUUUCUUCUUCCUGCCGCACGAUGUCACGACGUGUAAGUUCCUCACGCCUGAAGAAGCAGAGAUUGCGUUCCUGCGCAUCCAGCGCGACUCGUCCUCGGUCGUGAACGAGAAACUCAACCUGCGCGUCGCGCUCAGCGUGUUUAAACACCCCGUCCCCUUCGCGUGGAUCAUGAUCGAGAUGUGUCUCGGCGUGCCGCUGCAGUCCGUCAGUCUCUUCCUUCCCCAGAUCGUCCAGCGGCUCGGCUACUCGACCGUCAAAACGAACUUAUACACCGUCGCCCCCAACGUCUGCGGAGCCGUCGUCCUGCUCAUCCUUGCCUUCACCUCCGACUUCACACGCAUGCGCUUCCCCUUCAUCGCCGCGGGCUUCAUGUUCCCCGUCAUCGGCUUCAUCAUCUACGCGGCGAUCGACGUCGAACACUCGAUCGGCGUCGCCUACUUUGCCUGCUUCCUCAUGACCGCCGGCACCUCCGCGCCCUCCGUCCUGCUCUCGACUUGGUACAACAACAAUACCCCCAACGAGGGCCGUCGCGCGGCUCUCACCGCCGUCGGCGUGCCGAUGGCGAACGUCAUGGGCUUGGUCUCGUCCAACAUCUUCCUCGACAAGGACGCGCCUGUCUACCUACCCGCGCUGGGCACGACGGCUGCGUUUGGCGGGCUGGGGUUUUGUUUGACGUUGAUGCUGGGGUUGUGGAUGGUGGCCGAUAAUAAGAGACGGGAUCUGAAGCAGGGGGUUAAGCGGACGGUGAGGGAUGUGUCGACUGAGAUUUUGUCGGAGGGACCGAAGAAUCCUAGUUAUCGAUGGUUUUUGUAGUCCUGCGUUUGAUAUAGUGCUGUUUCAGCUAUCGUCCUCAUUUAGCACCAGAUACUUGUUAUAAUCCUAGUUAUCGAUGAUUUUGUAGUGCUGUGUUCAAGAUAGUGUUGUUUCAUCCAUCAUCCUCAUCCAGCACCGAAGCAUUCUAGUUAUAAUCCCAGUAAGCAAUAAUUUUUGCAGUUUGCUAUUCUGUUAAUAUACUAUCUUAUCUCCUA